AUGAAGCAGGGUCUGAUCAUUAUGGUGCCUGCAGUGCUCAUUCUAUGGGGCGCCUCGGCAAUUCUGCAAGCGGACCUACUCCCUGAUGAAAAGUUUGUACUUCUUCCACCGGUCAAUUUCACCAUUAAAGUUACUGGUUUGGCUCAAGUUCUAUUACGUUGGGAACUAAAUCCUGAUCAAAAACCAAGAAGUGUUAAUCCAGAAUAUCAUGUGAAAAUAAACGCCCCACAAGAAGAUGAUUAUGAAACCAGAAAUACUGAAAGCAAAUGUGUAACCAUCCUCCAUGAAGGCUUUUCAGCAAGUGUGCAGACCAUCCUGUUGAAGGACAACUCCCUCCUCGCCAGCAGCUGGGUUUCUGCUGAACUUAAAGCCCCACCAGGGGCUCCCGGAACCUCCAUUGUGAAUUUAACUUGCACCACAAACACCGCCGCAGAUAAUUACGUGCACUUAAGGUCAUACCAAGUUUCUCUGCGCUGCACCUGGCGUGUUGGCAAGGAUGCUCCUGAGGACACGCAGUAUUUUCUGUACUAUAGGUAUGGUUCUUCCACGGAAGAAUGCCAAGAAUAUAGCAAAGACACACUGAAGAGAAAUAUUGCCUGCUGGUUCCCAAGGACUUCUAUCCCUGGCAAAGGGCGUGACUGGCUUGCAGUGCAUGUCAACGGCUCAAGCAAGCUCACGGCCAUCAAGCCCUUUGAUCAGCUGUUUGCUCUUCAUGCCAUUGAUCAAGUAAACCCUCCACUCAACGUCACGGCAGAGAUUGAAGGGACGCGUCUGACUAUCCAAUGGGAGAAACCAGUUUCUGCCUUUCCAAUGCAUUGCUUUGAUUAUGAAGUGAAGAUAUACAACAUAAGGAGGGGUUAUUUUCAGACAGAAAAAACGACCAUCAAUGAAUUCGUCUCAGUCAUUGAUGAUAUUUCUAAGUAUUGCAUUCAAGUGAGAGCAGCGGUGAGCUCUGUGUGCAGAGCUUCAGGGCUCUGGAGCCAGUGGAGCCGCCCCCUGUACGUGGGAAAUGAUGAGCAGAAGCCCUUGACAGGAUGGUUCCUCAUUGUGCUGAUGGCAGCAGUCUGCUUCCUCUUGUUAAUGGCCUCGCUCCUCUGUCGAAUAUGUCAUUUAUGGACCAAGUUAUUUCCACCAGUUCCAGCACCAAAAAAUAAUAUCAAAGAUCUCUUUGUAAACACCUACUAUGAGAAAGCUGGGUCCAGUGAAACAGAGAUUGAAGUCGUAAGUUACGUGGAGGAGCCUGUGUUUGAGACCCUGGAAGAUUCUGUGUUUUGA